ACCUCAUUUCUUAUUCUUCUUCUUUCUCUCUCUAUCUUCUCUUUACAUAAUUUAAUUCUCAAACCAUUUUUUUUGCUCUCUCUUAAAUUCCCUUCUAUAAAAUGUCCUUUCAACUUGAAAACCCACACCCUCAACCCAAAAAUAAACCCUAUAUAAUUAGUAGUAACUUGCAUGAAAUUCAUCAUGAUUAUGAUGAUGAUCAUCUUCUAAUCUCUAAGGUUAUUCCUAAUCCUAUUACCCUUGAUCUCUUUCAUAUCAAUCAAUCUUCAUCUCUUCACAAAUUUGAAAACACCUCCUUUGACACCAAGAGUAAGCAAAAGAGGAGUUUGGAGGAUCAAAUAACAAGUGAAGAAACCAUGAGUAGAAGGCAAGGAAGUAACAACAUACCAAAAUUGGACUUGAAGUUGAACUUAUCACCACCAAGCUCAACUAUUGGGGCGACCUCGAUGAUGGAAUCGCCAACCCGAUCAUCCUCGAUAUCGCCCCCGAGCUCGUGUUUAUCGUCGGACAUAUCGAUGAGCAGCCCGGAAUCGAGCCCUAUGGUGUUGGUAGGGUGUCCAAGAUGCCUAAUGUAUGUCAUGCUAUUAGAGGAUGAUCCCAAGUGCCCCAAAUGUAAGAGUACCGUUUUGCUCGAUUUCGUGCAUGACAAUAAUCAUAAUAAUAACAAUAACAAAAAAAAUUGUAGCAAUAAUGGUAGAUUCAAAAAAAUCAAAGAAUUAAACUAGAACAUUAUAAGUUUAUAAUCAGACAUGUUUAACGCGAUAUAAUUAGACAUGUUUAAUGCGACAAGUUAGAGUUUCAGCCAUGUCAUUUCUUUUUAAUGAAUUAUGUUAAGGUAGUAUUGUUAAGUUUAUUAAUUUUUUAAACAUUAAUUAUAAUUUUUAUGAGUCGAAUAUAUAUAAGUUUAAUGAUGUUUAGGUCAACAAGUUAUGUUGUUCUUUUACUUUAUUUUAUAUUUAACUUUUUAAAUUUAUAGUAGGAUUCUUCUUGCUUGUAUCUUCUUCGUUCUAGCAAUGCACGAGGGUAUUAGCCCCAACCAAAUAAUAAUAAUAAUAAUAAUUAAUAAAUAGAAAAAAAUCAGUUUUUUUUAGUUGGAAAAAUAUCAUUUUUCCAAAAAAUAUUAUGCAAUUAAUUUUUAAUUUGGUCCACCCCUUUACUCAUCAUAUUCUAUAAUCCAAAAAAAAUUAUUGUAUAGUUAUUAGUUAUAAGUCAUAAUAGUUUGGUACAUCUAUCAUCAACCUUUAAUUAAUAUUUCUAUGUUAUGAAUUGUGACUUGAGAUGACCAAACAUUUAAUUUGUUUAGUAAUUUUCUUGCUUAUUAUUCGGAAUUUAAGUGUGGUAGAUGAACUACAUGAGAAUUCCAAUCCAAUCCAAUAUACUCUAUAUAUAUGUAGGAAAAUGGUGUUUUCAAAAGAUAAAAGAAGUUGAUUAUUUUCCUUUAAUAUUUAAUGGAUGCACACUUAUUAUUUAAGCUACCCCACUUUGGUACUCUUAAUAUGUGCCAUAUAUUUUGUUAAAUCCUACAAGUUGAUUUUUAUAUAAAAAAAAUGUUUGGAAUAUAUAAAAUAAAUAAAAAAAACUUUUUUUCAUAUGAUCACUAUACAACCUUUUAGUUACAUGUG